AUGUCAAGCGGUCGUGGUAGGGGCUACACCGGUAGACAUCAUUUGAGGGAGACAAAGCCAGGAGAGGACCCAGAAGACAUGAAUGCUGCAAGGACUCUGGCAGAGUUGACUCCACGAUCAACAGCUAAAACAACGGUGGCAAUGAUUUCAGAGGUGAAGCCUGACGAUGAAGUGGACACCUCUGGUGAUGAAGAGGCCCUACAGGCGAUGCUGAAGGUUGAUGAACAGUUUGCACCUUUAUUAGUACUGCUCGAACAGUUUACGCCGGGCGAAGACGGUAUACAGUUUAACAGGAAGUUGAGACAUUUCGAGACGUCGGUCACGGAGUUGUGUCCGGACGAGGCGAGGUUACAACAAGCAUUCGCGACAUUUCGCGCUGCGGCAUUACAAAGUUCAGUGACAAGUAGGAAGUUGGCCACUGUGGGGGCUGCCUUCACAAGACAACAAAGGCAGGGGAUGCUGAGGGCGUCCUUGCUGAAUAUUAUGCAGGCGACAUUCACAAAAUUGGAAGUGCUGGAACGCGCGAAUCCAUUAUACUUGAUCAACGCUGCGAAUCUGAUGGGAGAUUAUUUUGCGGAGGCUCGUCUUUGUAAUGGGAAGAAAGUCCACAUCUUGGCUGGUCCGUUGGUUCAAUAUAUGCGGUCUCUACUCGCGUCAGAUGACAUAAGGGCACAUCGGAGUCUUGCUACACAGCUAAUGCAAAAUGGCCGAGAACUCCUCUCUAUACUAUCCCAAGAGUUAGAUGAAUUAUCAAUAUCCAUACGUCUCAGACUACUGACACCACCCCCUAUAAGCAUCAUCUGGCUCCUUCUGUCGUCUGAUCUCUGCUUAAACAAAUUCCUACCAUUACCGAACACAUUGCAACAGUUCUACGCUUCUCACUUGGACCUGACAAGCGAUGAUAACUUCUCCGAGGUGUCAUAUGGCUCCUGGAAGAAGGAAAAUAUAAAUUUGAGCAUCGAAGAUGAUACUAAACCCAAAUUGAGACCGAUCUUGGGGGCCGGAGCUGGUCUACUGAGACAGGAGCAUACGGAUCCUAGCAGCGAUGUUGAUUGGAAGCCAAGUUUAACUAAGCGAUACGAUUUGAACUCAUGGAGACAGGAGGAAAAGGAGCCAACUUUUAACCCCAAUGUGCCACCACCAAACUAUCAAGAGUUCCCGGUUUAUCCAGAAAACUAUUAUUUGCAACAAGGAGACGGGACAUACAUACAAAAUAUGAGUGUUAAUGUGCAAACAGAGAAAGUUAAUAAUGAAGUGCAGAAGUCUGUUGAUAAUUAUGACCCUAAAUUUAAUGAAAAACGCUUCGACGAGACCAACUUUAAUGAUAAGAGGCAUGACGAUAUGCGAUAUGAAGAGACUAACUUUAAUGAUAAACGCAGUGAUGAUUCGAAAUUUAAUGAUAAAAGGAGUGACGAUAGGAAGUUCGACGAACGGUCCAAGAAUGGAUCCAGACAGAGAUUAAAUAGGAGAAAUAGUGGUGAGAUGGAGAAAAAGAGGCAUGUUAGUGAUGUGCCGCGGAAUCAUAAAUAUUGGGACCAUGAUGACCGCUGUGAUAAAGACUAUAACAGUUAG